AUGCCCGAACGGGUGAAAACAGUCUUCUUCGAAGACCCGGACGAGACACCCGCCAAUGGAAAAGAAAAGGUCACGAUAGCGAAAGGAAACCUCGAAACAGGAUCCGUCAAAAGGAAACAUCCCAGCAAAGAAGAAGAUAAGAAGAAGAAGAAGAAACGGAAACAUGGCGAGUCAAGUGAUAGUUCGCAACAACCCACACCGGCAGCCGCAGAAAACAAAUCCGAGCCACCUGCGCAGAACUCCGAAAAAGAUGUACCUACGAGCAAGAACAACGUGAACGUCGCAUCCGACAGGCCGAGACACAAGAAGAAGGAUCAGAAACAGAAGCCGCUAAAUGAUACAAAGACCAAUUUCAACUCAUUGAAGGAAAAGGCGAAAACGUUGUAUGGAAUUCGCAAGAACCUUCCUAUCUUCCCCCACGCCGACGAGAUCCGACAACACCUGCGCAAGAACGAUGUGAUGCUCCUUAUUGGUGAGACGGGUAGCGGAAAGAGUACGCAGAUCCCCCAGUUUCUGUUCAAUGAGCAAUGGUGUCGGCCAACAAAGACAAAGGUGGCCCAGGAGGAUGGUUCGCAGAAGGAAAUAGAGGUUGGCGGCUGUAUCGCCAUUACUCAGCCCCGACGAGUUGCUGCGAUUUCACUGGCUAGGCGUGUUGCGGAGGAAAUGGGUACACCACUUGGGUCGUCGUCUCCUGCGAGUAAAGUCGGCUACUCCGUUCGUUUUGAUACGUCUACCUCACCUAGUACGCGGGUUAAGUUCCUGACCGAGGGAAUGCUGCUGCAGGAGAUGCUGCGCGAUCCCUCCUUGACAAAAUACAGCGCGAUUGUGGUUGAUGAAGUGCACGAGCGUGGUGUCAAUGUUGAUCUGCUGCUAGGAUUCCUACGGAAUCUAGUGUCGGGGAAGAGAGAAGGGCGUGGCGGAGUGCCGCUGAAAGUUGUGGUGAUGAGUGCUACGGCAGAUAUGGAGAGCCUACUCGGCUUCUUCCAGGAAGGAUAUGGAGGCUCACGAUCGGAGAAAGAAGCACAGAACAGCACCAAGACUAUAACGAAUGGCUCUGACAAGAAAGAUGAUGGAAUUUCUGUCUGCCACAUAAAGGGUCGGCAGUUUCCAGUCAAAACUAUUUACUCGCCUGAGCCAGUACACGAUUUUGUUGAUGCAGCCCUCAAAGUUAUUUUCAACAUCCAUUACAAGGAACCAUUGCCUGGAGACAUUCUAGUUUUCUUGACUGGACAGGAGACUGUGGAAAACUUGGAGAAGUUGGUGAACGAAUAUGCCGUUGGAAUGGAUCCUGCGUUGCCGAAGAUUCAAGUUCUACCACUGUUUGCUGCCCUUCCACAGGCAGCGCAACAGCGCGUGUUUGCCCCUGCACCACCUCGAACUCGCAAAAUCAUUCUAGCUACGAACAUUGCUGAAACCUCGGUGACUGUCUCUGGAGUACGGUAUGUAGUCGAUUGUGGAAAAGCCAAAGUGAAGCAAUUCCGCUCACGUCUGGGAUUGGACUCUCUCUUGGUCAAGCCUAUCUCUAAAUCCGCUGCUAUCCAACGUAAAGGCCGUGCAGGACGAGAGGCACCGGGCCAGUGUUAUCGCCUGUUUACUGAAAAAGACUACCUAGAGUUGGAUGAAGUUAACACUCCAGAGAUCCUACGAUGCGAUCUGAGUCAAGCUUUGCUCAACAUGAAGGCUCGUGGUGUCGACGACGUCAUGGGCUUCCCCUUCCUGACACGUCCCCCACGGGAGUCCUUGGAGAAAGCGCUUCUCCAGCUACUGAGCAUUGAUGCGCUCGAAGAAUCUGGCAGAGUUAGUUCGAUCGGCCUGCAUAUUGCCAAGCUUCCUCUCACUCCGACUCUCGGUCGGGUCUUACUUGCGGCAUCGGAGUAUGGGGAAGACUGUCUAUCCGAUGUGAUCGACAUCAUCUCGUGCCUCAGUGUGGAGACCAUCUUCUUAAACACGACAUCGGAGGAAAAGAAAGAGGAGGCGGAGAAAGCGCGGCGGGAUCUGUAUCGGAGAGAAGGCGAUCAUCUUACCAUGCUCGCCACCGUGCAAUCCUACGCCGCCGAGAACACCGAUCGUAAGGCGUGGGCUGAGAGACAUAUGGUCUCGCAUCGGGCGAUGCAAGCCGUAAUGGAUGUCCGUAAGCAGCUCACUACUCAAUGCCGUCAAGCUAAACUUCUUUCCCCGAAUGAUACUCGGGGUCCCUCGACUAAUUCUAUCACCCGGGAACCGUCGCCCAUUCACAUACUGCAGAGUUUCCUACGGGGCUUUGCUACCAAUACCGCCCGCCUGGUGCCGGACGGCAGCUAUCGGACCGUUGUCGGGAACCAAACCGUGGCGAUUCACCCGUCCAGUGUGUUGUUUGGCAAGAAAGUCGAGGCUAUUAUGUACAACGAGUACGUAUUCACGAAUCGGAGUUACGCUCGAGGAGUGAGUGCAGUGCAGAUGGACUGGGUUGGAGAGGCGCUUGCUGGGCAGUAG